CUAGACUUCCUUUUCCUUACGAAGUGGCAGCCAUGAGCAUGCUCAGGCUUCAGAAGAGGCUUGCCUCCAGCGUGUUACGCUGUGGCAAAAAGAAGGUAUGGUUGGAUCCCAACGAAACCAACGAGAUUGCCAAUGCCAACUCCCGCCAGCAGAUCCGCAAGCUGGUUAAGGAUGGUCUCAUCAUUCGCAAGCCCGUCACCGUGCACUCCCGUGCCCGCUGCCGCAAGAACACACUGGCACGUCGCAAGGGAAGACACAUGGGAUAUGGUAAGAGAAAGGGUACAGCCAAUGCCCGUAUGCCAGAGAAGUUGUGUUGGAUGCGUCGCAUGAGGAUCUUGCGUCGUCUCCUGCGCCGUUAUAGGGAAUCAAAGAAGAUUGACAGGCACAUGUACCACAGCCUCUACCUUAAAGCCAAAGGUAAUGUCUUCAAGAACAAGCGUAUCCUCAUGGAACACAUUCACAAACUGAAGGCAGAUAAGGCUCGCAAGAAGCUGCUGGCUGAUCAAGCUGAGGCUCGUCGCUCCAAGACCAAGGAGGCCCGCAAGCGUAGAGAAGAACGACUUCAGGCCAAGAAAGAGGAGAUCAUCAAAACUUUGUCAAAAGAGGAGGAGACCAAGAAGUAAUAAGGAUCCCUUUCCAGCUCCACCUGUCAAGCCUGGCUAUGCUACCUUUCAAAUUCUUAAAAUAAAAGUGUACGUAGAGACAAAGAA